AUGAGACUCGACACUAGCUUUCUCGUUGGCGUCUGGCUCGAGGCAUUGGUCUAUGGUGUCUAUGUUGCCGCAUUCGCUGUCUGUCUGCGUCUCUUCCGCACCCAUGCUCCUGUUGUCGGCCGUGCCCUGCCCAUAUGGCUCGGUGCUCUCUUUGUGCUAGCGACGGCCCACUGUGCACUCUCGCUCAGUGCCAUGCUCGAUGCGUUUGUGCGAGUGAUCUACACUGGCCCCGUUGCCUCUCCCCCGGCUCCCACAUUCUCUCCUGCCCCAAGCGGUGUUCCUCGGCCUCCCCCACAGCAAAUGCCAUAUCAAUACCGUGAUGCCACCCGACCUAUGCUCUUGUAUCGCCUCCUCGUCAAGUACCGCUACCGAUUCAUUUGGGUCGUCGGUCCAACACUCUUGACCAUUGGCUCCUUUGUCAUCUCGAUCAUCAUCGUUGUAAAAUACGCCCAUAUUGAUCUGACCGUCAAUUACGAGACGCUGCAGAAGCAACUCGACGCUCUCAACCUGUGGGUCCCACCCGUAUACGCCAUUUCCUUUCUCGCAAAUCUUUCGAUAACGGCACUCAUGAUGGUCAAGACUUCAUUUGGAGCGCCCAGAUUAAAUAACAAUUCUCUCCCGGCCUUUGCUACCCGCCGAAGACACACCCACCGCACGACGCUCAGCGCUGAUGAUGGCUACGUAUUCGACAUUGACGAGCGCACCGCCCGAUGGGCUCUCUUCGCGGGACUCGUCGAAUCCGGUGCAUUGGCUCCGGUGUUCAUGUUGGCCGCAUUGAUUCUGUACGUCGCCCAGGAUGCACAAGAGACGCUUCUCGUUCCGAUGCUGGCACCCCUCGCCGCACUCAUCCCCACGCUCCAGAUUAUCCAGCUCCAGCUCGGACUGGACAGCGAUGCCCGGAACCGGCCCGUCUCCAAGGCGUGGUCCGAGUUUGACGAGCACGGCUCGGGACAGGGGAGGAGUCCGUAUUUAGUCCCUGCCCCCCGGUACCAUGAUAGUUCCUCGGACGAAGACGAGGAGGAGGGAGUGGUGGAUGGUGCCGCUGGGGAGAGGCUGGGUUGGCUCGGGGAGGGGAAAAGUCCCGACGGCCCAAUUCGGGAUCGGCGCGAGGAAUAUGUGGGCUUGGCGGGGCGUACGUCUGGCUCUGGUUCUGGUUCUGGUUCUGGCUCUGGGUCCGGUUCGGGUUCGGGUUUUGGAUCUGGAUCUGGAUCUGGACGGGGCUCGCAUGCGCACUCUAAUUCUCAAUCGAGCGGACGGACCGAGCCAUUUAGGGCGGCUGGGGAGAACGAAGCCAAGGCUCGUAAUGCGGAUGGAGACGAGGACGUUUGGGAACGUAUCAAGCUGGACGACUCUAAACCUUUCAUCCCCGAACCAAACCCAGUCCCUGCCCCGGUUCCUGUCCCUGCCCCCGCCCCCGCCCCGGCUCCCGCAAAACGCAGGAGCACGCUCCGAAAAAACAGCAUUUCCAAAGACAUGAUCUCCAAACCCGUCCCGAUCGCUGCCGACUUUCCCCCCACGACUGCCAACCUGCCGAGCACGACCAUUGUCCCCGCCCUUCCGAACUUUACCAUCAACGCCGAAACGGGCGUCACGGCCCAGAGUGGCGGCGGCGGCGGAGGCGGGGGUAACGCUAUUGCGAGAAACUCCUCUACGGGGCCGGAGCACAAGUAUCAUUACCGCGUUCGCCCGCGCGAAAAGACUGCGAGUCCGCUGGCUGCGUAUCUGAGCGCCCAGGCGCUCGCGCAGAGCACGUCCCAAGUGGACGAGCGAGAGAGGCUGUAUCACCAUCACCAUCACCAUCAGUCGCCACAUCUUCUUCACCAUCAGGCGCCACCAUCUUCGUCCGGGCAUCAACAGCCCGCAUCGUCGACUAGCCAUUUAAUGUCCCUUCCUUCGACGACUCCCACGUCUCCGGCCUCGGGCUUCACUUCCCUGAACCCCCAUUCGGCAAGUCGGAAUCCGUUUAGAUACGACGGCCAGUCCGAGUCGUAUCAUCCGCAAUCGAUGCACAAGCCUUCCUAUUCGGACGUUCGGCGCGGAGAACCGGGUGCAAGUGGAAGUUUGGGCACAAGCGCAGGUGCAGACACAACCGGCGGGAUCGGGAUCGGGCUCGAAGGUCCGCGCCGCGCUCCCCUGACCGUUCCCUUCCCGACAAGCGAGCCCGAGACGACGUUGCCGCGAUGGACGCCCAUGCCAGGUGCCCCGCGCAUCGUCGGCCUCGAUACGUUCUUCCCGCCUGGCCGUCCCGGGCGACACGGAGAUGUCGUGGAUGUCGAGCGCGACGUCUCGCCUGCGCCUGGCCUCAAACGGGACUAUACGCUUGCGAGGGAAGAAGUGUUGAGGCGGAUGCAAAUGGAUAAAGGUGCGAUGUCGGAUGAUGAGAGUGUGUAUAGCACGCAGUUGUUGGCGAAUGUGGGUGUUAGGAGAGGGUAG